CUCCGUCAGUUCCUGGAGCAGAAGUACGGCUACUACCACUGCAAGGACUGCAACAUCCGCUGGGAGAGCGCCUACGUCUGGUGCGUGCAGGGCACCAACAAGGUGUAUUUCCGUCAGUUCUGCCGCACCUGCCAGAAGUCCUACAACCCGUACCGCGUGGAGGACAUCACCUGCCAGAGCUGCAAGCAGACGCGCUGCACCUGCCCCGUGAAGCUGCGCCACGUGGACCCCAAGAGGCCGCACCGCCAGGACCUGUGCGGGAGGUGCAAGGGGAAGCGCCUCUCCUGCGACAGCACCUUCAGCUUCAAAUACAUCAUCUGAGGAGGGGGGUUUUGUUUGGUUAGGGCUCUUCCAGGGAACUGCAGGCUAGGCAGGUUGUUUUCUGUUGUAGUUGGUUGGGUUGGGGGUGGCUGGGAAAGCUGCGAGUAAAGAUUUGGUGAAGCCUCUGCUGGUCAGGUGGGGCUGUGCCCGAUUUGGGGGUGCGUGUUGAGAUUUUGGUAAUUGUGUAAGGGAAGAGCCCGCAAAUACUGGUUUGCAAAUUAGUGACAGUCUGGGCUGCUGCCAGCUCAAGGCUGUGUGGAGUCUCAGACAGGAAAGAACGCUGGUUACUCAUCCUGCAUGCGAAGCUCAACUUCUUGGCAUCAGGCUGACAUCCACUGUGGGUGGCGGAGCACAUCGCAAAGAGGGCCAUGGCGGUACUCAGUCACUGUGCACAUUGGUGUUGCAGGGCUCCUGCCCUGCUGUUCCUCUCUGGAAGAGGCUGAGAAUGACUGUGUAGAAGUCAGGCUGCUGCCAGUAUGGCUGCCUGGGCCUGGCUGAGCUGGUGUUGUAAGCUGGGGCCACGUGCUGCUUGGGUGGUCUUAAUUUGUCUUCAGAGGCAGCUGUCACUGACUGAUGGUGAGGGAGUUUUUGAUGUUACACGCAUCAGGUGAACAGAAACUUUGGGCUAUUGGGAAAAGUGCCACUUCAAAGGCUCCAGGUGACCUGCAUCUGCCCAGCUUCCUUCUGAAUCUGCAGGUGCCGCACAAAGAGAUGCGCACACGGUGGUGUGUGCUUGGGGUCUGCUGCCUUCAUCAGGGAAGGAGCAGAUCACUGCACAUCUGGGAUGGGGUUUGCAGCUAGAGGUGAUGCACUCAGAUUAUUUCUGCUGUUAGGGUGAGGUCUCUAUAGGGAUGAGCAUGUUUCAGUGGUGCUAUGCACAUCAGUGCACUACAGCAGUGCCACCUGCACAGACAACUCAGGGAAACCUGUGUCCCACUACAGUCUACCUCAUAGCUAAGGAGUUGGGUAAACAAUGGAGAAAUGUACUUUCCUGAGAAUGCCAAUAAAGCUGUUACCUUUGAAAUUAAGCACUACACUUAACUGGGUCUUGUGGAGAACUCUAAGGUGGCUUUCUCUAGAGAAGAAUUGAUUUUACUCCACCAGCAGGAGUGACUGAAGGGGAGCAGUCUGUCUGUGUGCUGCUGUCAUAGAGGCUGUGGUAUGGUGAGGAGGCAACUGCUGUCCUUACCAGUAGUGAAUGCCUGUUGGGGGACAGUGUUAAUGCUACAGCUCCUCUAGAACAGACAUAGCUCAUCCUGCUGUCAGUUCCUGCAUUGUGUCCCUUGAACUUACUGGAGUAUUUCUGUAGUUCUGUAACUUAAAUCUUUUGCAGUAAGAGUACAAUGUAUCACCAGCAAUUAAUUGCUCAGUAACUUCAUUUAUGCAUGCUUCACUAAUUACUAUAAAAGCAUGGUGUGUUCUAGGAAUCAAUCUAGGAAAAAAAUCAGAGCAGAGUGCUACUGAUUUUUUUAUUUUU